AUGGCAACCCAACAACCCCCUCCCGACUCCGAGCGGGAAUACGGUCUCAUCUCCAAACUCGAAUUACGCAUUGCCUCCGCCUCGACAGACGAGAAACUGGAGGAGAUCCUACACAGAUUCUUACCGGCGCUCCUUCUCAAGCUUGCCUCUCCGACAGAGAGGAACCGCAACCUCACAAUCAAGGUCUGCCAGUAUAUCAGCCAACGCCUCAAGAUCAACACGAGUAUUAAACUACCCGUGGCUGCACUCGUCAAAACAUUCCGCGAGAAUGAGAAUGCUUUUGUUCGACGAUUCUGCCUCAUCUUCAUUGAGCAAGGUUUUCCAAGAUUGGAGACAGGCCAAGCCAUCGAGACACUACCCGGCGUUUUGCAAUUCGCAAUCCCAAAGGUCGCAAGCUACGACGCUACCGAUCGGAAGAUGUGGGCCAUUGCAUUCGACUUCCUCCUCGAAGUGCUCCGAAAAUGGAAAAUUCCUCAGCGAGGGAGCAAGGAAGAUCUGGCCCUGACGGAGUCCUUUUGUCUUUCAACUACGCAGACAGAUCUUCUCGUUUCUCGGUUAUGCGAUUUCCUACUCUAUGAUCACAAAGACACAACAACAACGCAAGCCCUCGACGGCGAUUUCCAACCCAUCAUGGAAAAGAACCCUAAACGCCGGUCAGAAAUCAUCCUUCCCAUUGCCACCUUCCUAUUCACAGCUCUCUUCAGCGACGCUCAACGCCUCGUUCCUGCCGUGAUAAUGUCUGUCGACGCCAACGCCUCGGCUUCAAAUACAUCGGACGUGAUGUUCAAACAAUGCACUUUUGAUCUCGAAUCAGAGGACACAGUCGAUGCGCUCUUUGCACUGUAUCAAAGUGCGAAGCCAAAACUCCGAACGAAAAUUCUGGCACUGUUGUCCAAAAGUCAAGCCUCAACCAGUCGGACGGACCAAAUCAUGAAGAUGGUGCAAGCGCAGCUUAUGAACGUGGGUAAUGGGGGCCUUGAGGCCUCGAAGUUGCGAGCUGCAUUGUUCUCGUAUCUUGCAUGGACGGUGAGAGUUGGUGGGCAUCAUCUUGCCGGUGACAUCAACAUCCGCAUCCAAGACUUGCUGAAAGAAUACAUUGAGAUGCAGGGCUGGCCGAUCAUGAGUAGCGAGCAGUCCUCACCCGCAGAGAUCGAAUUGCGAUCAAAGGCAUAUGAGAGUGUCGGAUCAUUGGCCGCGUUGAAGACCGAACCAACUAGUGACGCCCGGACGCUGGACUUGAUUACAUGGCUGUUCACGAGUCUUCGUUGCGACACGACACGCGAUAUCAGAUCGAGUAUCGAAGAAUCAAUCGGUCGGAUUACGAAUGCCCUCCCAGUAUCAUUCCGCGAGGACCCGUCUUUAACCACCCGUCUGAGGGACCUUCUCUUGUGGAAUGUCCUCGCCAGACCCGGUCAAGAGGACCCCAUAUACUUCCAUCCAACUGUCAACAGCACGACCUACCCAGCUGUGCGAUUCGUCAAUAGAUGCUUCCCGUUUCAUGACGUGGGUGCGCGUUUUAUCGAUGUACUAGCUCUUGCUUCGGCGGAUGGCAGGAGGGAGAUAGCCGAAGAAGCAGCACGAGGCCUGGAUCCGUACUGGCAUGCCUCUAACGUGCGACUCUCCUCGUCUCCAGACGGGAGAAAAUUGGAACUCCCCGAGCUCGAUGCUUUGGCGAAAAGAUUCUUCGGCGGGAAAGGGAACGAGACGGACCACUACAAUGACCCCGUCGUGUUAGCUACUGCGGUAGCAUUCUGUCGGAAUAUCCUUGUCUGUGAAGCUUUACGUGAAACAAAACUGGCACCUGAAGACUCCGCGGAUUGGAAACAAAGCAUCGACGCAAUGGUGAACAACGACAAAGAUGCUCGACACCGGAUCCGAGCCUAUCUCCAAAGCCUGAACGCUCACGACGUGCUAUUGCCGUUGAUUCAUGCAGCAAUGCAUGGUGUUUCGAAAUUAUCAGCGGACUGUUUGGACUUGUCUUUGGAGAUACUUUCAAUCGCCCCGAACGAUCUCCUGGCUGGAGUCGAUGUGGUCGGGCUAGAUGCCGUUCAGCGCGUCUCAGCAAAUGCGGGCUUGCAACUCCGUGCCGCUCGCAUUUUUGGAAUCCUUGCCUCGUUGAAAAACGAUGCGGAAGCCCUUGCGAAAGCCGAGUUUGAUCAGGUCGGGCGCUGGAAGACAGCUGUGGGCGAGGAGGCGGUCAAUAUCCAAGGCCAUCUGCUGCGGGUUUGCUUUUGCUUCACCAGAAAAGCACUCAGAGUUCCUGAACAGACCUCAAAAGACCUAGGCUCCGACUUCCUCCGAACGGUCCUCGAUAUAAUCAAGAUGUCCUCUGAUCGAGCGCUCAAAGAUACCGCCUAUAGGUGUCUCCGUCAACUGGCGCUGUGCACGUCCAGUGUCUUCGCAUCAGAAGAUGAAGGAUUGGCAGACCAGCUCAUCUCCGACGGAAAGAAAGACAGCGAAACCGCCAUCUCGGCUGCCGGACCGGUGCUUGGGAUAUUGCAUGCGAAGAACUCCGACAGUGCGCUCUAUAAAUCAUUCUUGGAUCGACUGUUAGGCCUUUACGAGGUUAAGCGAGCAGAGUUCCACUUUGCAUUGGGCGAGACCCUCGCGGUGGCAUGCGCCGGAUUCAGAUCCUCGUCCACCGUUACGGAACUUGAUGUUGACGUGGAUGGCUCCAGAUUCAAGGUGAAUGAUGCCCUCUUGGCAAGCAUCCUAGACAGGGUCAUCGAGGACUGUAAAACCACAAAACCGUCACUGAAGAAGGCCGCCGCCAUCUGGCUUUUGUGUUUGAUCCAAUACUGCGGCGAAUUGCCGGUAGUCCGAGCAAGGCUACGUGACUGCCAGGCCGCAUUUGCCAGGCUCCUCAACGAUCGUGAUGAAAUCGUUCAAGAGACGGGCUCGCGGGGUCUGAGCCUUGUAUAUGAGCAAGGUGACAAGCAGCUUCGGGACGACUUGGUUCGGGACCUGGUGCAGAGCUUCACCGGCAGCAAAGCCAAAAUGUCCGGGACGGUGAGCGAGGAUACCCAGCUCUUCGAGGCCGGUGCUCUGCCCACGGAGAACGGCCAGUCCGUCACGACUUACAAGGACAUCGUCAGCCUAGCCACGGAGAUGGGAGAUCCCAGCCUCGUUUAUCGCUUCAUGAAUCUGGCUUCCAACAACGCCAUCUGGAACAGCCGCGCCGCGUUUGGAAGGUUCGGACUUGGGAGCGUGCUGGCUGAUUCCACAUACCUGACCGAGAACAAAAAGUUCUACCCUAAGCUGUACCGAUACAGGUUUGACCCCAACCCUAACGUCCAGCGAUCCAUGAACGAAAUCUGGCGGGCAUUGGUCAAAGACCCAACCACGGUGAUCAAUGAAAACUUUGAUCUCAUCAUGGACGAUCUGCUGCAGAGCGUCGUCUCUGGCAAAGACUGGCGAGCCCGCGAAGCCAGCUGCGCCGCGAUUUCCGAUCUGGUACAAGGGCGAGAAGUGGAAAAGUUCGAGAAGUACCUCGACGACGUCUGGAAAGUGGCCUUCAAAGUCAUGGAUGAUGUCAAGGAAACCGUCCGAACAGCGGCCAUGAAGCUGUGCAGGACUCUCACGAGCAUGCUGAUACGCAACUUGGAGGUCGGCGAGGGGAACACGAAACGUUCGGCGACGAUGCUGAAUCACGCCAUGCCGUUUCUGCUGCAACAAAUGGACAGUGGUGGAGCCAAGGAAGUGCAACAGUAUGCCAUUGUCACGUUGCUGGAGGUGAUCAAGAAGGCACCUCCCAAAUCGCUUGGGCCUUAUGCACCGACAAUCCUGGAGACGCUCGUUUUGUCGCUGAGCUCUCUCGAGCAUGAAGGCAUCAACUACCUGCACCUGAACGCAGACAAAUAUGGCCUGACAGCUGAGAAGCUGGACAAGAUGAGAGUCUCGAGUAUCAAUGCAUCUCCAGUCACGGAAGCGAUCGAGGACUGUUUGGAGAGUAUUACUAUGAAGGUCGAAUCCGACGAAGACCCCGACGCUAUGCAAGGGGUUGAGCCGACCUCCGGAUCGAAAGGGAGCGGAACACCCAUGGAAGACGCAAUGCAACGACUCGCAGGCGCCUACCGUGCCGCAAUCGGGCUACCGUCCAAGGUCGGUCUGAGCAGGGUAAUGACAACACUGGUUGUCCGUCACCCAACAGCCUUCAGGCCGUACGCAGACAAGUUCGCUCAACUGACCAGAAAGCACCUACUCGAUCGCAAUGCCACCAUCAGCGUUGCAUUUAGUACCUCUUUGGGAUACCUGAUGCGCCUGACUUCGGAGAAGGAAAUUCAAGCGACCAGCAAAUAUGCACAGAAAUUGUACUUCGAUUCACAAGAGUUGAGCCAUCGUGCGGUCGCAGGCGAGAUCAUCCAGGCGAUCUCCAAGGCUGCCAACGAUGUCUUCAUGAACUCAGCCUCAGUGUUUCUUCCUUUCGCUUUCAUCGGGCGGCGCGACACGGACGAAGAAGUGCGAGAUCGGUUCGACGUCCCAUGGAAGGAGAACAUUGGAGGCUCUCGGUCCAUCAACCUCUACCUGACGGAGAUUGUGGGCUUGAUCUCGACGCACAUAGGAUCUCCUCUUUGGCCAGUCAGACAUGCAUGUUGUUUCGCAGUCGCCGAGCUUAUCUCCUCCAUGGAGGUACAGGAAAAGUAUUCUGACACAGAAGCCGCCCUCAUCUGGCCCCUAAUUCAAUCGGCAUUGGAUGGAAAGACGUGGGAUGGCAAAGAAGAAAUCAUCAAGGUGUAUCCGAAGUUUGUACAGCAAGCUCACUCGCUCUGGGCCGACAGCAAAACGAGCCAGCAAAUGCGGAAGAUCGCAAUUCGUGAAGCGAAGCGUACUAAUGUCAUGUACCGACCCGACGCCAUUGGAGCACUUGGCGAUUUCGCCGUUGCGCGAAAGGAUCUAGACCUGACAACGGAAAUGAUGCCCCAUCUUGAUGAGCUGAUGGUCGAGCUGAUGGACCAGGAUGCGAUGGAAGUUGACGAAGCUAGUAGUGGAUCACGAAAGAACCGUGAGCAGCCCGUUGUCGACGCCACGGUCAGCGCGAUUGUUUCGUGCAUGUUCAAAAUCUUGUCAACCCAUCCCACUGCAUCCGCGGAGGUUCUGGACCUGUCCACUCGAAUCGUCAAACACGCACAGGGUGCGCGAUCAAAUGCGGUCGAUGUCGCCCUCUACGAGAGCGCAAAAUUUUUCGUUGCGAACGGGCCAACGACGAAAGGAGUUGACGUCGGAGCUGAUCGUUCGAGGGACCAAAACACCGCAGGAGCCUCAGAUGGUGUGGAUGGUGCACUAGCCACAGCACCACCUUUUCGCACAGGUGAAACUUCGGAGGUGGGCGGCCGGCGGGAAUUUGAGCCAUUUCAGCCACUGGUCAUGGCGGUGUUCGCCUGGCCGAAGGAGCCUUGGCGACAGCCGGAACGGACUCGCAAAUCACGUGUGGAUCUUGCCCUGGCCCUUGUUCAGCGAGGCAUGCAAGAACCAGCAACCCUAGCGGCGAUCCUCGACCCCUGGCUCGUGGAAGAGCGGUCGAGACCUUUACGUGAAGACAUCCAGCGAGCUUGUCAGGCUUGUAAGCGGGAUCUGUAA